GUCGUUGAGCACACGCGCACGCAUACACACAGCUGGCUCGUGGGCUCGCUCCGGUGAGCUGCUAGCUUAAAAAACACACCGAGGGGCGUUAGCGUUAAUGAAAGUGUGUGUGAGGAGGAGGAGGCUGCUCCUGUGUCACUGUGGAGACACACGGGGUCAGAGGUGGAGGCGCAGGGUGCUGAAACUCCUGCAAGGAGGCGACGAGGCUUUAAUUCACCCAAACAAGUGGCGGUUAGCGGUGAGAGCUGCUCGGGAAGGGGCACCAGAAAGUUGCUAACGGUGACACGAGUGGUCGUAAAUCCGGUUUUAACUGAAGUUUGGGUGCUUGCGCGGUGUUUUCACGUGGAAGUAGCUCGUUUGGGGGAUUUGGACUGUCAGUGUUUCACGUUUGAGGAAAAUGCUGCUCAGGAGGUUCACCUGACUCUGGGGACAGCAUCGGAUCUGGAGAGGCUUCUGAGUUCCCUUGAAGGUUCCUUGAGAUGGAGGAGCAGGUGAAUCCGUUGAAGAUAGACCACAGUCUGUGUGUGGUUCUGCCAGGGGGGCUGGAGAAGAAUGUCACAGUGCAUGGAAGCAAACCUGUGAUGGAUCUACUGGUGACCCUUUGUGCAAGCUACCACCUGAAUCCGUCAGACUACACUGUUGAGGUUCUCUCGCCCAACAAGAACAACAUCAGCUUCAAACCGAACUCUCCCAUUGGCUCACUUGAAGCGGAAAGGGUUGUGCUGAAGCCCAGAGGGGUGGAGGAGAAGAUCCGGAGGCCGUACAUGCCUGAGGCAUCUGUGCGUCUGUUGAUCAACUACAAUAAGUCCCAUAAGGCUGUAGUGCGGGUGAGUCCCAGAGUGCCCCUUGAGAUGCUGCUGCCGGUCGUGUGUGACAAGUGUGAGUUCAAAGUAGAAACAACCAUCUUGCUGAGAGACUCUCAGUCCCAAGAGCUGCUGGACCUGACCAAGACUUUAAACGAGCUCGGACUGAGGGAGGUGUUCGCCAAAGACACAGCUGAGCCUCAGCAGCAACCCAGGACACCUGAAGCAUCUGUCUCGUCAACAGAGGCCACCUCACCUCCUCCACUACAAGAGCUGCCAAAGAGGGAGAAGAAGCAGAAGGAGAACAGAGGAUUUCUCAGCUUGUUCAGAAGAGGAAAGAAAAAAUGUGAAGGAGGAGCGAUUCUUCCAGCUUCUCCUGGUCACCACACACAAGUGGGAGUCAGUAUGAAUGGACAGUCAUCUAACACCACGCAAGCAGAUGUGCCCAAGAAGAGACGAGCCCCUCAGCCACCCAUGGGUGCAUCACAGAGCCUCCCAAACAACCUCAGCACCUAUCAUCUGAUAGGAGCACAGACGUCUGCAGACUCCACCCUAAGGAGGACCAAGCGGAGGGCCCCACCACCUCCCUGUUCAAACAGCCACCAGCCGCUGCAGGCAGACGAGGUUAAAGACUCCCUGAAUACUGUGGAGGAGCUGAGAGAAAGCGACGAAUCUGACUCUGUAAACCUUUCGCUGUCCUCAUCCUCAUCACCACAUCCAUCACAUCCAUGGUCAUCCUCAUCCUAUUCCCGCCCAUCGCUUUCUCAUCUCCAUGAAAUGGCCGACCCGUACCUGCCUUCGUUCCGAGGUAAAGACUUAUCCGACGCUCGAUCUGCUCUUGCCAAAGUCCUGACCUCCUCUGUCUCCAAAGGAGCACUGGUGAAGCGUUUCAGGAAAUCUGCCACUUUACCUAAAUUAUGCAGCCCCUCUUCCUACAUGUCCACCACGCAGAGGUAUUCAAAUAAUGAGGUCGUCUUUGCAGAACUUGAACCUGUUAUAACAUCCAGCCUCUCCACUGAGCCUGAGUGGCAGGAUCCUGUACAGAGGAAGGGAAUGACCACGUUCAAAGUGGUACCCUCAAAGAAGAAAAAGUCCCACGAUCCAGAGCUUAUGUUGGAUGUUCCUGAUCAGUAUAGAGUAGAAGAUAAUCUUGAAAGUAAAGGAUCUCAUGAGCUUGCGGAUAAUCAAACUGAGACAGAGGAGGAUCAACUUUCUCCUGACAGAGCCGAGACUGAGGAGGAUCCACAUUCUCCUGACAGAUCCGAGACUGAGGCGGAGCCACGUUCUCCUGACAGAUCAGAGACUGAGAAGGAUCCACAUUCUCCUGACAGAUCUGAGACUGAGGAGGAUCCACGUUCUCCUGACAGAUCUGAGACUGAGAAGGAUCCACGUUCUCCUGAUACAUCUGAGACUGACAGGGAUCCACGUUCUUUUGACAGAUCUGAGACUGAGGAGGAUCCACGUUCUUUUGACAGAUCUGAGACUGAGGAGGAUCCACGUUCUUUUGACAGAUCUGAGACUGAGGAGGAUCCACGUUCUUUUGAAAGAUUUGAGACUGAGGAGGACCCACAUUCUCCUGACAGAUCAGAGUCCGAAAUACCUUCACAGAGUCCUGAACCUUCUUCUACAGUGAUUGAGGUUUCUCCUCCACCUCCAGUUGAUUUAGAUGAUCAGGCUUGUCCCGGCUCUCCUCUCUCUGACGUUGAAGACGCAAAGCAAAAAGGAGAAGAUGAACCUGAAGUCACAUCGGAGGUGACAGCAGCACCAUCGGACUGCAGUGAAGAACAACUUCCCACUGAUGGUCAGAUUAACUCAGAGGACCAGAGUGAAUUUCUACAAAGCCCCAGUAGACAGUCUCUAAGUUCAGACGUGGACCAGUGUGGUUCAUACACCGAUGAGAGAGAAGUAAAGGAGGGGGUGGUACAGGAAGAAGAAGAAGAAGAAGAAAAAGAAGGGGAUGAAGGGGACAGUUUCCCUCCCCCUCCUUCACCUAUCUUCUUUAAUGAAGACUUAGAAGAGGAGAGUGAAGAUACUGCAGCCUCCUCUCUGCCAUAUUCCCAUCCACCAACUCCCAGCUCGAAUGGGCCAGCUAACACAUUCACUGAGGACCUUCAAUAUGAGUCUACCUCAGGUGCGCCUGAAGAGUCUGCAGCUGCACCAAAACCUCAGGACAAGAUGAGCUCAGCCCCCUCCAGAUUUGCACAGGCAGUGGCGUUAGCUGUUCAGAGGUCCCGUUUUCAGAGACUUGGGAAAGGUUCAGGCCCUCAGGCUCCAAGUGGUCCUCAGAGUACUCUUCCCUCACCACCCAGGACCUUAUACCAGUUUGGUGCCUGACCGGUUUCCUCACACAUCUCUGAAUGGAAGUCCUUGUUUAGGGUGAGGAUCGAGAGCUGACCGAGGACGCCAGACUUUAAAUAACCUCCAACAGAAAGUCAGUUUGAACUGCAUCAGUUUUAUGAAAAGAAGCAACUGACUCGGCUUCUAUUAACUUUUUUUAUUUUUUGCCUCUUUCUCUUUUUCUGCAAGAAGACACCUUUUGUCUCAUUUUACGUUGGACUUUAUGUUCACUGGCUGAACAUAAACAAUUUCUGUUGUUAGCCAUGUAAGCCAAAUGUACAGGACACGAGUUGUUGAACUGACAACGUCCUGUGUUUUCUUUACUUCCUUUUUAAACGAUGAUUGAAGAUGUGCCAAGGCGGACGCAAUGCUGACGCGAGAGCUUUUUUUUGUUGUUUGUUCGUGGAAAGCAGAAAAGGCUUAUUUUAUGUUUGAGCUGGACUUUGUUGGACUUAGUUUUGUUUUAAGACAUGAAGAAUGCAGUAAAACUUAUGAACUCAGUUUGAUGCUGGUUUGCUUUUUAGUCACCAGGUGGCAGAAGAGCAUUGCUUCUGAAACGAGUGACCGUUGGCGAGUUCUGUUUCCUCAUCUGAGUUCUGGUGAAUGUAUCACAAGUAAAGAAAUAACAGUAAAUAUCCUCUAAUUAGUCGGCUCUAAUGGACUUUAAUGAGUGAAUGAACAUUAUUCUAAUAGUAAUUUAUCCUUUAAAUGUCUUAAUAUUUCUCUGAAGGCUAUCUUUGUCUGAGAAUCCACAUCCGUUUCAAUAAAUUUCCCAGAAUAUU